AUGACUAGCGAAACACCCUACAAGAUCAACGUCUCCGACGAGCAGAUUGCGCUGUUGAAGGCCAAGCUUGAACUUACAGUGUUUCCCGACGAAGUAGAUGACGCGGGCUGGGACUACGGAACACCGCUCAGCGAUAUGAAGCGUCUUGUAGAUUACUGGAAGAACGGCUUCGAUUGGAAGAAACAGGAAAGCGUUAUCAACGACGCGCUGCCGCAGUUCACGCGCGACAUUGAAGUUGAAAGGCACGGGAAGCUCAACAUUCACUACGUGCACAAGAAGAGCGACGUUGAGGGGGCCGUUCCGCUACUAUUUGUUCAUGGAUGGCCGGGAAGCUUCUUGGAGGUGACGAAGAUACUGCCCUUGUUGACGCAGAACAACCCAUCUGCGCCUAGUUUCCAUGUUGUCGCCUACAGUCUACCUGGCUUUGGAUUCUCAGAGGCGACAAAGGAGAAAGGUUUUGGCGUCGCCAAAAUGGCUGAGGUAGUUGGCCAUAAACUGAUGCUCGCGCUCGGAUACGAUCAGUAUGGAGGCGACUGGGGAUUCUGGAUCACCCAACGUAUUGCAUUGGACUACGGCGGAAAGCACUGCAUGGCGUGGCAUCACAACAUGCCUUGGUACGUCACCCCCACUUUGAUUACCUACCCUCUCAGACUCAUGACUCCAUCCUUCGACGUCACCUCCCUUCCCGUCCGCCCCGACGAACGCGCCGGGCUCGAGCGCACCCUCGAGAUCGACCGCAAAGGGCGCGCCUAUGGCUCAAUUCACGAAACCAAGCCGCAGACUAUCGGCUACGCGCUGGCGGACUCGCCUGUCGGGCUCUUGGCGUGGAUAUAUGAGAAGUUGGUGGCGUGGACGGACGCGUAUCCCUGGACUGAUGACGAAGGCGGGUUCCUCACAUGGGUCAGCAUCUACUGGUUUUCGCGUGCCGGGCCCGCCGCCUCGGUGCGCAUCUACCGCGAGUCCGUCUACCCAAAGCGCGAGUUCGUCGAUGCGAAUGGCGAGACCGUAUACUUGAACCGCGAGAUCCCGCCCGACCCGGCCAACGCGCCCACUAUCCCGAUGGGCAUGUCGCAGUUUCCGAAGGAUAUCUACGUGUAUCCGAAGUCAUGGAAACACACCCUCGGCAACGUCGUCUUCGAAGCAGACCACGAGAGCGGUGGUCACUUCGCUGCGCACGAAAAGCCGGAGGCGCUUGUUGGCGAUCUGCGCGCGAUGUUUGGGAGGGGUGGGCCGGCGUAUGGAGUGGUUUUUGGGAGGGAUGGAUAUUGA